AUGGCCACGUUAUCUGACCUCUCGGGUCUCCUUCAUGCCAUAGAGGAUUCCAUCAUCGUUGGAAUCGACUUUGGAACCACCUACUCUGGAGUCGCCUGGACCGACUCUGGGGACUGCGAGAACAUUCGCAUCGUCUCAAACUGGUCCACAAGCAUGAGAAACUGCUCCCACACAGAAAAGGUACCAACGGCCUUGCGCCACGAUGAGAACGGCAAUGUCACUGGAUGGGGCUACGGCGUGCCGCCGCGCUCGCAGAGUGUUCGCUGGUUCAAGCUACUACUUCUGGAGGAGAAGGACGUCCCGAAACAUGUUCGCUGUUCCACCCAAUUCCGAGCGGCCCGCGAGUAUCAAUUCGAUCAUAAAUUGGAUCCCGUCGACAUGGCGGCUUCGUUUCUGAAGCAUCUCUGGGAGCACAGCCUGAAUCUCAUCACCCGAGAGCUUGGCAAAGAAUUGGUGGACAAAUCGAGGUUUCACAUCGUCAUCACGGUUCCAGCCAUGUGGCCACUCUACGCUCACGGCCGUAGAGAAACGCGUCUGAAUCUCCUCUCGGAGCCAGAGGCUGCAGCGCUGGCGAUCGUCUCUCGCCUCUACAAAAAGUCGACAGUCAAGGCAAGUAGCAUCCGGAGGGGGAGAAAGGGCCCGCUCAUCCACUACGGGAGCGACCUCAUCAGCUACGUUAUUGAGAGCGUCGUCCCAUUUGAGGUGAAGGAGUGCGUCAAAGGCGCAGGAGAUUUGUGCGGAGGUGUUUUCCUCGACGAGGAAUUCCUCAAGUUGGUCGAGAGGAAGGUCGGCCGCGUGAUUUUCGGGAAAUUCAACCACCACGUGAAGAGAAAGUUUCUCAACGACAAUUGGGAGCACAGCAUCAAGCCCCAAUUCAAUGGCAAACAAGCCACCUGGACGGUUGAGGAUCUCCCUGCUGUGUGCCAGGCCCCCGGCCGAGGUCAAAAGCGUAUCAGAGAAUUAGAAUUCAGCUCGCGCGACAUCUCGUCGGUGUUCGACAGUGUUGUGGGCAAGAUUGAGGAGCUCGUGAUGCAGCAGCUGGCGGCCAUCCAAGCCAAGUACCAGAAGCCGGCAAAGGGACAAGAUCUUAACGAAACUACAACCUUCAAAAAGGGAUAUUUCAAGACUUUUGACUUCUCACUGGGAGAGGAAAAGUCAGACAGCCAAAGUGAAGCAUUCCUCCUCACGACGGCCAAGCCACCACCAACUCGGCAUGAUGCCUCCGUCAAGAGCCUCUGCACCGUUUCAUGGAAUGAGCCAAUAUCCAUCAACAACCUUCCUAUCGAGAUAAACCAAGAGGAAACUCUCUAUCAUAUCCUCAGAUAUCAGAUCGAGAUGACAUGCGCUGGAGGCAUCGCCGAGUUUGCAGUCAUCUACCAGGGGAAGCGCGUCGCCAGCCAUAGCGUGCAAGUUGAGUACCACUGA